UUCAAUAAGGGGCAAGGGGGCAGCGCGCUCUGCUGCAACCGGCUUCAGGAUGUAGGCGACCGGCUGAAGGGCUCUUGCUGGCGGAAGGGCUCAUCAUGAAGAAACACUCGGCCAGGGUAGCCCCUCUGAGCGCGUGCAACAGCCCGGUCCUGACUCUCACCAAAGUGGAAGGGGAUGAGCGUUCCUGUGAUUCCCCAGCCCCAGCAGAAGCCCAGGCACAUGCUGGGAUGGAAGCUGGUGGAAGAGGAAGCCGAUGUUGCUGGACAUGCUCUGUAGCCCAACUUAAGAAAUUUUUCUGGGGAGUGGUGGUGGUGCUUGGUGUAUGUUCCUCCUGGUCGGGUUCAACUCAGCUAGCAAAACUGACCUUUAAGAAAUUUGAUGCACCUUUCACUUUGACAUGGUUUGCAACAAACUGGAACUUUUUAUUCUUUCCUUUAUAUUACAUUGGACACGUUUUUUUUUUAAAUUAGAAACAAUGGUAUCAUAUAAAGGAGAAAUACAGGGAGUGCUGUCGAUUUUUCGGAGACAAUGGCUUGACUUUGAAGGUAUUUUUUACCAAGGCAGCACCCUUCAGUGUACUUUGGACACUAACAAACUACCUGUACUUACAUGCAAUAAAAAAAAUAGACACAACGGAUGUUUCCGUCUUGUUCUGCUGCAACAAAGCUUUUGUGUUUUUGCUUUCAUGGAUUGUUCUCAGGGACAAGUUCAUGGGAGUGAGGAUUGUGGCUGCUAUACUUGCUAUUGCAGGGAUAGUCAUGAUGACGUAUGCUGAUGGAUUUCACAGUUAUUCAGUAAUUGGAAUAGCACUUGUUGUGGGAUCUGCCUCAAUGUCAGCUCUGUACAAGGUUUUGUUUAAGCUUCUCCUGGGGAGUGCUAAAUUUGGAGAAGCUGCCUUAUUUUUGUCAGUGUUAUCUGUCUUCAAUAUCUUCUUUGUUACCUGUAUUCCUGUCAUACUUUACUUUACCAAAGUUGAAUACUGGAGUUCUUUUGAUGCCAUUCCUUGGGGAAGCAUUUGUGGAUUUUCAGUCUUAUUAUUGACAUUCAAUAUUUUAUUAAAUUUUGGGAUUGCUAUUACAUAUCCUACCCUGAUAUCUCUUGGAAUUGUACUAAGUGUACCUGUAAAUGCUGUUGUUGAUCACUACAGGAGUGACAUUGUCUUCAACAGCGUUCGUGUAAUUGCCAUCGUCAUCAUUGGCCUGGGCUUCCUUUUAUUGCUGCUGCCAGAGGAGUGGGAUGAGUGGUUAAUAAAGCUCCUCACUCGUCUCAAAGUACGAAAGAAGGAAGAGGUUCCAGAAGGAAAUGGAGACAUUGUGUCUGGAUUACAAAACAAAAGCAGGAGAACACGCCCAUCCAUGUCAUCUUUCACCCAUUAACGCUGUUAUUUUUAUGGAAACUCUUAACAUUGUAUGCUCUAAUUCACAGGUCCUUUCUUGUAAAGAAGCACAUAGGUUCAAUACAGUGUACAUAGAUGUACAGUUUUGAUAUACUAGAGUCUGAGGCAUCAAGUUUCGGCAUGUCCAAACUGAUUGCACUGUUUCACAUCAGACCUUUCACUUGGGAGAACUUUAAAAAGGCAAAAACAAAACACUUUUUAAAUGAAUGUAAUGUAUAGAUAGAUUUUCUUUGCAGAUAUUAUUUUAAUGAUAAAUCAUCAUGAAAAGCAGGGCAAAUGUUUUGAACAUGAAGUACUGAAUGACACAUCGCACACUGUGAUUUAGAGAUAUAUAGAGAAAGAUGCAUAUAUGCUAUGCUAUGUCAUAAACUUAUUUUUUAACCAGAGCUGUACUCUAAACAUUUUCAAGUAAACCAAAAGAAAACUUUUCAUGGGGAUAGAAAAAGGGGUGGGUGGGAGGGAGAUUGCUUUGUGAAGAUAAGUGCACUUUGUGCCAGAGCAAAAGGAAGGAUAAAAUGUUAUAUUUUGCACUAAAGUAAGAGGGGGAAAGCAGUCAAGAGUACCAGGGCGCCAUCAACCAGGAAUUCCUCCUGCAAAGGUCCCAUUGAAAUGAAUGCCAGCCGCUACAACAGCAUGAAUGUUGUCUUCCUACUUGCUUCCCAUUCACUUCAGUGGAAUUUGUGCAGGAAAAAUUCUCAGUGGAUUGUGCCCAAAAUCUUCUUUAACUGUGCAUGACUGCAAUCCAUGCAUAAUCUCAUGCAAGGAAAAAUACCGUGCCUUCUAUAGAAUUUUAGUCCUUUGUCUGUGUAGAAAUAAGUCACACUGCAAUUUACUUGAGUUAAUCUUACCACAUGAAGAGGUGGCUCUGCAGACAUCGUGCUCUUGAAACUCCCAAAGAAAUCAACGCGUGCCUACUUGAAGCCACUGAUUAAUGGGAGUGCUGAACACCUAGGGGCUACAAGGUCUUCUACUCUGGUUGGAUUCACAUCUCACUUGCACGGGUCUGUCAUGAUAUGGAGACUAUUUUGUUCUAUAUUUGCGUGAGUGAGAGGAGAAUCCAGCCCUGUGCAUAAGAACCUUGCUUAAAUCUAACACUGGAACCAACAGCCACUUAUGAUGUGAACACUGCUAAGAAUAUAGAUGAUUGAGAGGUGAACUGCCGCUUGCUUUUAUUCCAUUGCUGUGUUUUCAAUGAGGACAUACAAGUUAUUUACAUCAAAUCUAACACUUUUUGCAAACCUGUAAGCACCAAGCUGUUUACUUCUACAAUUUAGGUUUGCCAUUGAAUUUCUAUCUGUGAUAGAUCAUGUGACAUGUACAAAGAAACGGACAAAGGUUAUAGUUUACUAUUUUUGAAGUUUACAUAGCUGCAUACAAAAUUUGAAAUGUUAUUUUGAAAUGUUGCCAUAACCUGGUGGUACCUUGCUGCCUCUGUGGCAUUGUUGUGUCAAAAGGGGUGUGGCAUUCACUUCUCAACUUUUUAUUGAAUCAGUUUCAGAUUCAAUUCUCUGCUUGACAAAAGUAAUGAAUAAAAUGAUUGUUAAAUCAA